UUUAUUGUUAAGAAAUGCGUCUAUAUUUCUGGUUGAUGCAUUGUACCUAAGUAUCUUCUACAAUUUCGAAUUGUAGCGUUUAAUCAAUUUUGAUAGUCCUGUCAUAUUAUACAUUUCGAUACUGUACAGUGUACACCAUUUUUAGUCGAUUAAACUUCAUUUAAUUUCGAAUUUUAUUUGUCAUUUACAAUUUUCGUAAGCUUAUUAAGUACCUAUAAUCAUAUAAAUUUUAAUUAGACUUGUUUUAAUUUUAAAGUUAAAACAAUAUAAUCAAAAAUGUCGGGUGAUGAAGAUACAUCCAAAUCAUUACCAUCCACAUCUGAAACCAACAACAUUGAGGAGUCAAAUGAACAGAACACAGCUGUAGCUGAUGUCAAUACUGGUGCAUUAGAAGUUGCUGAAGACAAAACUUCAUCUGACGAAUAUAUUCGUCUACGUGUAAUUACUAGUGAUAUGACGAACGAAGUACAUUUCCGUGUAAAAGCUUCCACACCAUUGGUCCGCCUUAAACGCUCAUAUUGCAGCAAGUUGGGUUUUCGUGUGGAUGAGUUGCGUUUUGUGUUUGAUGGUCAUCGGAUCACUGACGAUGACACUCCAAAAAAGCUAGGUAUGAUCAAUGACGAUGUCAUUGAAAUAUAUCAAGAAAGAACUGGUGGUGGUAUUUAAAUGUAUUGAUCAACAAUGAUU